CGUCAAGAAUUAAGUAUCCUUCUAGAAAGACUGUCUAAAUCGACUCCCUAGAUAUCUAGAGGUGUCCAGAAGAGGCGGGACAGAGUUCGAUCUGGAACAUUUUUAAGAUUCGAUUGGCUGGCGUAGACAGAUAUUUUAGAUAAAUGAAAUAUUCGGAGACACUUUCGAGCGCUCUCAAAAUUCCAAAUUCCGAGCACACAUUCGUUUCCAUCAGGCAGAUGCACGUUGCACAGAUCUAGAGGAGCACCGGGCAUGGAGAACAAUGGGCAGUCGAUGUCGAGUGCCGUGGAAUGCAUGAUGCAUAGCUGGCUCGAUGCCUGGCGUUCCCUCAACGGGAACUGUCUGCAGAUAACGACAACCGCGUGGAGAUUCAAGAAAUUGAUCUUUUUAGCUGCCAAGCAAAUCUAUUGCUAUGAAAUGAUAUUGCAGGAGCGAAAGUUUGUUAAUGACAGUUUCAUCAAGUGCAUCACAACUGCCGAGGAGAUCUCCAGCAAUCGGCGCACAAGGCACUCCAGGCUGAGCAAUGAGAACCAGCGAAUGCUCCGGCAAUUGCUUUGCCUGAAGGGUGAACUCUCCGAACGGCAGAAGGCUCUGGUCAAGACCAAGCUAGAGUUGCACUGUCUCCGUCAAAGGCUACGCCAGCAGGCGUUCAGGACAAGUCGCAUGGCCUCGAGGCUGGAGGAAAAUAAGUUGUUGACCGAAAAGCUGUUGGAACGCAACGUCAAGUUGAACGAGCGGACCACGGAGCUGUUGGAACUGUACAGAACGCGUGCGCUUAUGUUUGUCUAUAAGCUAAUUGGCAUGACGCAGGAGCUGCUUGCCACCAAAACCAGGUCGAAGGCAUUCGCAGAUGCCAGCGCGCAUCUGAAGAGUAAAAACAAAAAGCUACAAUUGCGCCAAAGAAUGCUUAUCAACAAAUACACUACGCUUGUCUCUCAAGACAAAGCCCCGCCGCAGGAUGAUGCACAGAAUGCCAAUCAUGGACUGCUUCAGAUGGCGCUCCAUUAUAUCGGCUGUCUGUGGGAGUGCGUCUCGAGCCUGGGUCAGUGCCCAAAGCUGGAGGGACCAAAUCGCCGUUGUCAGUGGGCUCUUUUCUUAAUAUAAACAACGAGCGUUUUACAAUUCAACCUUAUUGUCAAUUUAAUACAUUAAAAGCAUUUUUAACAGGCUGUG